UGCGAUCUGAGCUUUACUGGCCCUUGGUGUUGCUAAACACUCCCAAGCCAAGUUUUGUGGGUUUUCUAGCGGCCUGUUGCAGCUAACCCUAACAGCCGGUGAUGCUGAUCUACCUUCUGAAGUUUACUGGAAUUCUGUGCUUCCAAACACCCCGAUGCCACAAGCUGUCAAGAAUAGUCUACGUCCAGACCUGCUGGAAGACCAAAGCACCCCUGUAGAGAUAGGGAAAGGCACUAGUAUGGGUUUCAGCAAAGAAGGAGGAGCUAUGAACAUGUAUGCUGGAGUUAAGCCAGCGAAAGCAGCAAUGCCCUUCUCAUACCAUUAUGCUGCUACAAAGGAUCAGCUCCAUGCCUACCCUAAUGUGGCCAUUUUCUUCUUGGAGAAGGACAUGCAUCCCGGCAUGAAGCUGACCUUGCACUUCACCAAGACUACAAAUGCUACUUUCUUACCUCACCAAGUAGCUAAUUCAUUACCCUUCUCUUCAGACAAGUUGCCUGAAAUUCUGGACCAGUUGUCCAUAAAACCAGAAUCAGUAGAAGCUGAGACAAUCAAGAAUACGAUUGAAGAGUGUGAGGACCCUGGAAUUAAAGGGGAGGAAAAGUAUUGUGCAACCUCAUUAGAAUCCAUGAUUGAUUUCAGCACCUCGAAGCUGGGGAAUAAGGGUGUCAAGGCCGUUUCAACAGAGGCAGAAAACAAGUCCCAGAUUAAGUACAGAAUUGCAGCUGGUUUGGAGAAGAUGGGAGGCGACUUCUCUGUGGUGUGCCAUAAAAUGAAUUACCCAUAUGCAGUGUUUUACUGUCAUAAGAUCCAGGCCACAAGGGCUUAUAUGGUUCCCUUGGUGGGCAGGGAUGGGACAAAAGCAAAAGCAGUUGCAGUGUGUCAUGCAAAUACAAUGGAAUGGAACCCCAAUCAUUUGGCCUUUCAACUGCUCAAAGUCAAGCCGGGAACUGCUCCCAUCUGCCAUUUCCUUCCUGAGGACCAUGUCGUCUGGGUUGCAAAGUAGAGAUGGGCAAUUAAUGAAUAAAUAAAUAAACUCAUCUGAGUUCUUCGGUAAUGUUAUGAAUUGGAAUAUCAUCGUGAGGGGCACUUGAUGUUAAUUUGGUAUUUUUAUGCAGUGUAUACAUGCUAGCUGCAACCCUCACUCUUUAUACUAUCUAUUAGAUAUGUAAGCGUGCCAGAUAUUGCCUUCUCUUAGUUAAAUACUAAUGCUACUUAUUCUGGUGUGCUUCGCCAA